AUGUACAAUAAUACACACCUGUGGGUUUUUUCUGAAGCUCAUUGUCCACAUUGUUCGACAUGCGAAAAACCAAAUGGGACAUAUCAAUGUAUUGGUUGUGGUAAGAUUUUUUGCUCGCGAGAUACUGGUGGUCAUCGACAGCUGUUGAGAAACGAGCUUCAACAAUUCAUCAAUACGUGUGAACAAUGGAAUGCGAAUUCGAAUGAAGAAUUACGUAGACGUCAGAGAAUAUUAAAAACAGGAAAGGAUAGUCUACUUACACAAAUUGAUGAUUGGGAAAUCCGAUCAAUGACACUUAUUAAACAAGCAGCUAUCGACGCUCGAGAGCAAGCAAAUAAAUUAUUUCAACAUCACACAAAUCUAUUACCUAGUCGAACUACACUUGAUAUAACAAUGUUACAUCGAGCUAUGGAAACUGAUGGCUUUCUUGAACCACAUUUGAAAAAAUGGAAUGCGGAAUUACAUCGUUUAAAAAAUAAAAUAAAAGAAUUUAGAACAGAUUUUGCUCGAAUAAGAUUUGUCGAACCAUUUAUUUCAAAACUUAUCGUCGAUGGAGAUUUUCCACCAAAUGAGCCUCCAGAUUUGUCAGAUGUUGAUGAAAUUACAAAUCUUACUGAAUCAUUUCACCUUAUCGUACCCGACUGUCGCGAUUUUGAUCCAUAUAACACAGGUGAACUGAAGACAGGAGUACAUAGAUUUCGUUACAGGAGCAAUGGCAUGUUUUUUGGCAUCAAAUCAAAAAAUGCAAAUUCAAGAAAUAGUUUAUGGAAUACUCCUUCUACUUAUGGAUGGACUGGAGAUGGUCUGGUUUGUCUCAAUGGAAAUGCUGUACGAGAUUAUGAUAAAUAUGAAAAUAAUUUAGGUCUUGGUGACACAUAUUUAUUGGUAGUCGAUUGUGAUUCUAAAAUACUUAGUUUGACAAAUGAACGUCUCAAUAAAACGUAUCAUUUAGAUAUUGAUCCAUCUGUUUGUCCUUUACCAUGGCAAUUAAACGUUCGAUUUUUAAAUAAUAUUCAUGAAUAA